AUGGUCUACCAGGAGGUCAUCCAGGCAGGCACAGACAUGACAAUGUCUUUCCCAGAGGGCUCCAUAUCGCUUUGCACCUCCCAGUCUUUCCCAACGCCCGUGGUACCUCAUGCCCAGUUUCUGUCCAUCAACUCAUCCCUAGUCACCAAUUUCUCCGGAUCAGCUCCAUCAUCACAAACCUUCAACCACCCGACGAUCAAUUUCACAGACAUUUCAUUAUGCAAUAUCACCAUUGAGUACACCCACCCCGGAGUCAAUGACUUGAUCACCGUCAUGGCGUGGCUGCCAGUUGGAUCCUGGAACGGCCGUUUCCAAGCCGUCGGCGGCGCCAGUGCUUCAGCCGGUUUGAAUAGUAUCUCAAACUACGAGAUGUACGCUGCCGUGGGACAAGGUUAUGCCACUAUCAGCACCAAUGCAGGCCAGAUCAACAAUACUCGAGACAUGAGUGGCUGGGCACUCGAUGCGAAUGGGAAGCCAAAUAUCAACGUUCUCAAAAAUCUAGCGUCUGUCUCCCUCGGCGACGAAGCUCUGAUCGGCAAGGAUCUUAUAAAUAGCUUCUAUGGCCAAGCACCGCUUUACUCGUACUUCAGUGGAUGCUCCCAGGGUGGUCGACAGGGGUUGAUGUUGGCGCAGAGAUAUCCGAAAUUGUACGAUGGGAUUGUCGCAUCUGCACCGGACAUCAACUGGGGUCAACUUAUCCCUUCCAGAGUGUGGCCACAGGUAGUGAUGAACAAUCUGAAAGAACAUCCCGAGGGAUGCGAGUUAGACUACCUCGGCGAGGCGGCUAUAUCUACCUGUGACGAAUUGGACGGCGUGAAAGACGGGAUAAUCUCUGCCAUGGAUAAAUGCGUUUUUGAUCCAUUUUCACAUGUCGGUGAAAUCUUCAAUUGCUCUUCGACUGGCACCAUCCGAUCUCUCAGUAGUGCGGCAGCUAAAGUGGCAAAUGCGACAUGGACAGGUCCACGGGAUACAGAUGGAAACUUCAUCUGGUAUGGUCUGAAUUACGGUGCUGAUAUUUCCGGUGAUCUUACUGGUAGAGAUGCCAAUGCUGUGACAAAGUGUCUUUCGAAUGGCACUUGUGUCGGGGAACCCCUUGCACUAGGUCUGCAAUGGCUUCAAUAUUUUGCAAGCGAGAAUGAUCCUUCAUUCGACUUUGAAGGAUUGACUAUCGCCGAGUUCGCAAAGCUGGUCGAUAUCUCAGUCGCCAAGUACGGGCCAAUCAUCGGAACGGACGACCCGGAUCUCUCUGCCUUCAAAAAGACAGGUGGUAAAAUUCUGAGUUACCAUGGAUUAUCUGAUCCAACCAUUCCCGCCGCGGGCUCCGUUGACUACUACAGAAGAGUAGCCACGCUAAUACCCAAUAUCCAUGACUUCUACCGUCUCUACGAAGUCCCAGGCCUUGGACACUGUGGUGGACAAACCACGAACCAGCCAACGGACAUCUUCGAUGCGUUGCGAGCCUGGGUCGAACAUGAUAUCAAGCCCGAUUGCCUCUCUAUCUCCUUCUUAUUAAAUGGAGAGUCAUGGACCAGACCGAUUUGCCCCUACCCGGAGAGCGCGAUCUAUAAUGGAGUGGGUAACCCAUCACUAUCAACGAGCUAUACGUGCAGGUGA